AUGGAGUUAACAGUAAACAUUAAAGAGGAGGACUGUAAGUGGAAGUCCAUCUACCCUAAACAGGAAAUUCUAAGCAUUAAGGAGGAGGACAGUGAACUACGGUCAGUGGGCAUUAAAGAAGAAGAUGACGAGUAUUCUGUUAGUAUUGACAAGCAUAACAAUACAAAUUUAAAGAGUGUAACAGAAGACAACCUUCAUGAUGUGUGCCAAGAUGGAAUGGUGACUAGGUUAGGCUCUUCUCGAAGCAGACACUGUUCAUCUCCAGAGCCUUCUGUCAAUGUGAAGUCUGAAUCAUUACAGUCUGACACAACAAGGACUGAGGAAAGUACAUCUGCUGGAACUCAGGAAAAUCAGCCACCACCUACAAAGAAGUCUGGGAAAAGAAACAAACAUCUCUGCAGUUUGGAAUGUGGCAAAGAAUUCUCUAACAGGACUGCUCUUCGUAUCCACACUAGAGUUCACACUGGAGAGAAACCGUAUCACUGUAAUGAAUGUGGUAAACAGUUUUCACAAAAAAGCAAUCUUAGGACACACACUAGACUUCACACCAAAGAGAUGCCAUAUUACUGUAAAGAAUGCGGUAAACAAUUUUCACAAUUAAGCAGUCUGAAGAACCACACCAGAGUUCACACCAGAGACAAGCCAUACUGCUGUAAUGAAUGUGGUAAACUGUUUUCACAAAAGUGCAAUCUUCAGCUCCACACUAGAGUUCACACCAAAGAGAAGCCAUAUUGCUGCAAUGAAUGUGGUAAAUGUUUUUCACAAAUGAGCAGCCUGAAGAACCACACUAGAGUUCACACCAGACAGAAGCCAUAUUGCUGUAAUGAAUGUGGUAAACAGUUUUCACAAAUAGUUAGUCUUCAUAGACACACUAGAAUUCACACAGGAGAGACACCAUAUUGCUGUAAUGAAUGUGGCAGACAAUUCUCUGACAGGAGUAGUUUUCAGAUCCACAUAAGAAUUCACACUGGGGAAAAGCCAUAUUGCUGUUUGGAAUGUGGCAAAAAAUUCUGUGGCAUGAGUACUUUGAGAGCACACAAAAGAAUUCACACAGGAGAGAAGCCGUAUCACUGUAAUGAGUGUGGUAAACAGUUUUCACAAAUAGGCAGUCUUCAGAACCACACCAGAAUUCACACCAGGGAGAAGCCGUAUUCCUGUAACGAAUGUGGUAAACAGUUUUCACAAGUAGGUGGUCUUCAGAGACACACUAGAAUUCACACUGGAGAGAAACCAUAUUGCUGCAACGAAUGUGGUAAACAAUUAUCCGACAGAAGAAGUUUUCAGAUCCACACAAGAAUUCACACUGGAGAAAAGCCUUAUUGCUGUUUGGAAUGUGGUAAAAAAUUCUGUGGCAUGGGUACUCUGCAGAGACACAGAAGAAUUCAUACUGGAGAGAAGCUGCAUCACUGAAAUAAAUGUGGUAAACAGUUCUCACAAAUAGGCAGUCUUCAGAAACGCACUAGACAUCACAGUGGAAUAAAAACAGUAGUAGCAGUUUAAAAAUCACUCCAGAGAAACAACCACGCUUCAGGACUCAAGAUUAACGUUCACUUCUGACCUGAAAAGUAAGCAGACUAAAGCAUUGUUGAGAAAUUAAUCGUUGAAGAAUGAAUUUCA